AAGCGGUCGAGUCAUUACACUUGCUUUUGCGAAGCAAGUUUAGUCUGAUAUUUGGACAUCACAGACGCACGACUUCUGUAGAUAUUCUCGGAACCAAUUUUACCGCCGUAGAUCACCGGAAAACCUACCGGAGCGCGGAGGCGAAGAAUCGAAGAUGAGCGUGAUCGACCUUUUGACCAGAGUAGAUGCAAUUUGCCAGAAGUACGACAAGUACGAUGUUGAAAAGCAGAGAGAUCUCAAUGUCUCCGGUGACGAUGCCUUCGCUCGACUCUAUGCCUCUGUCGAAGCUGACAUUGAAGCCGCUCUCCAGAAAGCGGAGGAUGCUUCUAAAGAGAAGAAUAGGGCAUCUAUAGUGGCGUUGAAUGCGGAGAUUCGUCGUACCAAGGCUCGAUUACUGGAGGAGGUCCCCAAAUUGCAGAGGUUGGCUGUAAAGAGGGUUAAAGGACUAUCGACUGAAGAUCUUACCACUCGAAAUGAUUUGGUGCUUGCAUUGCCGGAUAGGAUUCAAGCUAUACCAGAUGGAACUGUGACUUCCACGAAGAAUAAUGGGGGUUGGACAUCCUCAGCUUCACGUGCUGAAAUCAAAUUUGACUCAGAUGGGCGAUUUGAUGAUGAGUACUUCCAACACACUGAGGAGUCGAGUCAGUUCAGGCAAGAGUAUGAAAUGCGGAAAAUGAAGCAGGAUCAAGGACUGGACAUGAUAUCAGAAGGGUUAGAUACUCUGAAGAACAUGGCACAUGAUAUGAAUGAGGAAAUUGACAGGCAAGUCCCUCUGAUGGACGAGAUCGACACUAAGGUGGACAAGGCUGCAUCUGACCUUAAAAACACCAACGUUAGAUUAAAGGAUACAGUUAACCAGCUAAGGUCCAGCAGAAAUUUCUGUAUCGAUAUCAUUUUGUUGUGUAUAAUCUUGGGGAUUGCUGCCUAUCUAUACAAUGUGUUGAAGAAGUGAGCUAAGAAAGGGAAUAAUCUUCAUGUUCUUGUGGAAUAUUUGUGUCAAGCUUGGUAAAGAUGAGUUGAUGGAAUAUUCGAUUGAGUUGUAUCUGUAUGUAGUACAUUAUGUGUGAUCGUGUGUGUUGUUUACAAAUAUUUGUAUGUCAUAUUCUUUUACUCACAACUCGCCCUUUAUCAUCAACUUGCCCUUUUUUGUACUUGUGCAACCUCUUUUUGUUCGGCUUGAAAUUUGAACACUGAUCUCCAUGUUUGAUAUAUUAGCCAUUUAUUCAUUUAUAGAAAUGUAGUUUGAUAAGAGUCUUCUGAUGAA